AUGGCUAACUUCUUGGUAUUUGUAUUUGUUGGAAUGUUAAUGACAUGCCUUCAAAUAAUAGAUGCACAACCUCUUGGAGUCUGCUAUGGGAGAAAUGGUAACAACUUACCAUCAUCACAAGAUGUUGUAAAUCUUUAUAAAGCUAAUGGCAUAACAAAUAUGAGAGUCUAUGAUCCAAUUCCUGAAACACUCACUGCUCUUAAGGGAAGUAACAUUAGCAUUAUUCUUGAUAUUUCCAAUGACAAUCUUCAACCCUUCAGUACAAAUCCUAAGGCAGCUGAAAAUUGGGUCAUUGCCAAUAUUAAGAGUUAUUUCCCACAAGUCAAGUUCAAAUAUAUUAGUGUUGGCAAUGAAGUAUCCCCUAAAAAUGUUGGGACAUCUCAAUUUGUUCCCUUUGUUCUUCCUGCAUUGCGAAACGUGCAACAGGCGAUAACGAAAUUCAGAAUGCAGAAUCAAGUGAAGGCCACAACGACGAUAGAUACGGGGCUUUUGAAGAAUACAUAUCCACCAGCUAAGUCAGUAUUUAGCGACGAUGUGACUAGUUUCAUAAACCCGAUUAUCGGGUUCUUGAAACAAAAUAACCUUCCUUUGCUAGCGAAUGUUUAUCCAUACUAUGGUUAUAUUGGCAACCCUGGUCAGGUUCCACUCCCUUAUGCACUAUUUACACAACAAAAGCCUGACCCAACGGGCUAUCAUAAUCUUUUCGACGCUAUGUUGGAUGCAACUUAUUAUGCAGUUGAGAAAGCUGGUGGAGAUAACGUACAAAUUGUUGUUGCUGAAAGUGGAUGGCCAUCUGAUGGUGGAUUUGGAGCAAGUAUGGAAAAUGCUGGGACUUAUUAUAGGAAUUUGAUUAGUCAUGUGAAGUUAGGUGCAGGAACUCCACACAAGCCUGGAAAAGCUAUAGAAACUUAUUUGUUUGCUAUGUUUGAUGAAAAUAUUAAGAUAGGGGCUGAGACAGAGAAGCAUUUUGGAGUUUUCCAUCCUGAUAAAAAUCAGAAGUAUAAUCUUACCUUCAACUAG